GAUAGCCAUGGCGAAGAAGCCAGUGGAGGAAGCGCUCCUCGCAGCGGCAGACGAGCAGGAGAGCCUGAGCGUGCGCGAGGAGCUGAAGAAGCAGCUAUGGCUGGCUGGGCCCAUGAUCGCCGGCGCGCUCCUGCAGAACGUGAUCCAGAUGAUCUCCGUCAUGUACGUGGGACACCUUGGAGAGCUGCCCCUCGCUGGCGCAUCCAUGGCCAACUCCUUCGCCACCGUCACCGGCCUCAGCCUGCUGCUAGGCAUGGCAAGCGCUCUAGACACACUGUGCGGCCAAGCGUUCGGCGCGAGGCAGUACUAUCUCCUGGGCAUCUACAAGCAGCGCGCCAUGUUCCUCCUGACCCUGGUGAGCGUCCCUCUGUCAGUGGUGUGGUUCUACACCGGCGAGAUCCUCCUCCUGUUCGGCCAGGACCCGGACAUCGCCGCAGAGGCCGGCACCUACGCCCGGUGGAUGAUCCCGCUGCUGUUCGCGUACGGCCUGCUGCAGUGCCACGUCCGGUUCCUCCAGACGCAGAACAUCGUGGUGCCCGUGAUGGCGAGCGCCGGCGCCGCCGCGGCCUGCCACGUCGUCGUCUGCUGGGCGCUGGUGUACGCGCUCGGGAUGGGCAGCAAGGGCGCGGCGCUCAGCAACUCCAUCUCCUACUGGGUCAACGUGGCCGUGCUGGCCGUGUACGUGAGGGUGUCCAGCGCCUGCAAGGAGACGUGGACGGGCUUCUCCACGGAGGCCUUCCGCGACGCGCUCGGCUUCUUCAGGCUUGCGGUCCCGUCCGCUCUCAUGGUCUGCUUGGAGAUGUGGUCGUUUGAACUCAUUGUGCUCCUCUCGGGCCUUCUUCCCAACCCAAAACUGGAGACCUCCGUGCUGUCGAUCAGCCUUAACACUGCUGCGUUCGUGUGGAUGAUCCCCUUUGGGCUUAGCUCAGCUAUCAGCACUCGCGUGUCGAAUGAGCUGGGUGCCGGGCGUCCUCGAGCCGCCCGCCUUGCGGUGCGUGUCGUUGUGUUGCUGUCUGUCGCCGAAGGGCUAGGCGUGGGCCUCAUCCUGGUGUGCGUGCGCUACGUCUGGGGCCAUGCCUACAGCAACGUCGAGGAGGUGGUGACGUACGUGGCCAACAUGAUGCUGGUCAUUGCAGUGUCCAACUUCUUCGAUGGUAUCCAGUGCGUGCUUUCAGGUGUGGCUAGAGGCUGUGGAUGGCAGAAGAUCGGUGCCUGCAUCAACCUUGGCGCCUACUACAUCGUCGGCAUCCCCUCUGCUUACCUCAUAGCGUUCGUCCUGCGUGUCGGUGGGACGGGACUCUGGUUGGGCAUCAUAUGUGGGCUCAUCGUACAGCUCCUUCUGCUCGCGAUCAUCACUCUCUGCACCAACUGGGAUAGCGAGGCAACGAAGGCAAAGAACAGAGUGUUCAAUUCUUCCUCUCCAGCAUCCGGAACGUGAACGGAUUGGCGGUGAAGUAAACGGCGAGCAAACACGGAAACUAUAGGAGUUAUGCCUGUAGUUUUGGAAACUUCAGCACCUCUGAUCCUCUCCGAUUUUCUGGCUCCCACAUUAACUCUAAUGGUUAGCAUUGACACUUGCAGUCUGGAUUUUGAAACAUAAAUGCGUUCCUUGAACAGAGUAGGAAGGGACCAAUGGAAAACUUAUACAAUAGUGUUAGAUCGCAUGCAACAUUGUCCUCCAAAGUGACCUCAUCACACAACAAAACGUGGGUAAUUCCAAGACCACUUUUUCGGUAC